CAGAGGACGAUUCUGAAUCUGUUUAUAGUUCGUGUUCGCCUACGUCAGUUGAAAGAUGGAUCGCUCGUUCUACAGUUCCGUGAUAAUUGGACUCUUCGUAAUUUCAUGCAACGCACCUGUUGCAUCGACUCUGAAUAUUUUGGGGAUAUCAACGCUACCCUCGAAUUCUCACCACAUUUGGUUUUCCGAACUCAUGAGAGGCUUGGCGCGAAAUGGGCACAAUAUUUACGCUCUUGGUCUCCGUGAGACAAAGUUUGACCAAGAUGAAGGAACGCAGAAUCGAACUCAAUCUUUCGUAUUCGAGAGCGUUAUAGACGAUUUUCACAGAAGCCCCGUGUUUUCCCCGGUAGAAUGGUUACGAUUAAGUGUAACGGAGAUUUCGUGGCUGAACCACGAAAUCGGUAACGACAUGUGUGAACGGCAAAUGGCGACCGACGGAGCCAAGAGGGCCUUAGAAAUGGUCAGACAAACGAGGAUCGACGUCAUAGUUCAGGACUUGACGUAUGGCCAGUGUUUUUACGGGAUGUGGGAGAUUGCUCAAGGAAAUCCAGCUAUAGUUGGAUUCACACCAUUCGGCGCACCUAAUUGGGUAAAAGACGUUGUGGGGGGCAAUAAUUGGCCAGCAAUCAGGACCUUUCCUUAUUUCCGGCAAACUCAGCCCUUCAGUAUUUGGGAGAAGGCAAUGAAUUUUUUUUACUACGAGCUUGACGACCUCUUACGCCACUUCUACUACAUGCCAAGACAGCAGGAACUCGCUGAGAAAUUCAUUGGCAGAAAGAUGACCAGAUCGGUCAGCGAAAUCGAGAAAAACGUCAGCAUCAUGCUGACGAACAGCUACGCGGUUUUAGAUCCGGCAGCAUUUUCACCUCCGAACGUAAUCGAAGUCGGUGGAUUGCACAUCAAGGAUUCGAAACCACUGCCUCAGGAUAUUCGAAAAUUUCUCGACGAUGCGGAACACGGCGCAAUUGUAAUAUCAUUCGGAUCUAAUAUACAAAGCAGCACCUUGGAAUCGGACAAAAUAAAAAUAAUUCUAGCUGCGCUAGGUCAGCUGAAGCAGCAUGUUUUAUGGAAAUUUGAGGCCACUGACUUGCCGGGCAGGCCAAAAAACGUGAUGAUAAGAAAGUGGCUGCCACAGAACGACGUUUUGGCUCAUCCAAAAGUCCGAGUCCUUUGGUCUCAUUCUGGACUUCUCAGCACUCAAGAGGCCGUCUGGUGGGGAGUGCCGCUGGUUGGAACGCCAUUUUUUUUGGAUCAGCAUAUGAACAUUGACUUACUCGUCAAAAAGGGGGUUGCGUUAUCUCUCGACUACGAGUCUCUUACAACUGAAACGAUUUUGGAAAGACUAAACAGAGCCAUUCAUGAUCGCAGCAUUUCCCGCCGAAUGAAGGAGCUUUCUCGAGAGUACAAGGAUAGACCGAUGUCCCCCUUGGAUUCGGCUGUUUGGCAUGUUGAACAUGCGUCCCGUCAUCCUCGAGGGCCGUUGAGUUCCCCUGGGAAAAAUAUGAGCCGCAUGGAGCUCAAUCUCUUCGACGUUUACGCAGUUCUGGCGGUUACCAUUCUCGCUAUUCUCUGGAUUACUCGAAGUUUAGUUAGAGCAUCGUUCUACUUAUUCCAUCUUCGGCAAAGCCGAAAGCUGCACAUUGACUAGACUACAAUAGGUAAAUAAUUGAGUCAUAAUUAUUAACAGUUUUACACUGUGAUUUGUGUAAAUUGGUUUCACUAAUCAUUCAUUUGGACAUAGAUCUCUUAUUUCAAUUUCAUUGUUUCUGUUUUCCAUCACGAGCCCGUUGCUUUUCAAUUAUCGUGUUCUUUUGUUCAUCAAAUCGAAAAGUCGUGAGUUCUGGACGAAAGUUUGAACUUUAACCUUGAUCGGUCAUUAACUGAAGG